AUGAGUGGUGGUGGAGAAGGUGAAGGAAGUGAUUUACAGUUUACUCCAACAUGGGUUGUUGCUCUUGUUUGCACUAUCAUUGUUGCUGUUUCUUUUGCUGUUGAACGUUCUCUUCAUCGUCUUGGCAAGUAUCUUAAGAAGAAAAACCAGAAAGCACUUUUUCAAGCCUUACAAAAAAUCAAAGAAGAGUUGAUGGUAUUGGGUUUUAUUUCUUUGUUUUUGACUGUAACACAAAAUGGAAUCACAAAAAUCUGUGUUCGAGAAAGUUGGACUCUUCAUAUGCUUCCUUGUAGUCUCGACGAGAAAGAAAAAAAAGAAUCAAAAUUAUCUUCUACUUCACAUUUUCAGAGAUUUUUCUCUUCCAAUGAUGUUUUUAGCGCGGCUCGGCGCCUUCUAGCUGACGAGAGCAAUGAUCGUCCAGCAACGCAUGAGAAACUUGGAUACUGUGCUGCCAAGGGAAAGGUGCCUCUGUUAGCUGUGGAAGCACUGCAUCAUCUGCAUAUAUUUAUUUUUGUUCUAGCUGUUGUGCAUGUGACUUCGUGUGUUUUGACUAUAAUUUUUGGAGGAUUAAAUAUUCGUCGCUGGAAGCAUUGGGAAGAUUCUAUUGCUACUGAUGAAAACAUUGAAUCACAGCAUGCUCCGGAACGGAUGGAAUCGGUGACUCAUGUUCAUCAGCACGAGUUUAUACAAAGUCAUUUUACUGGUUUUGGCAAAGAUUCUACUAUAAUGGGAUGGGUGAGAUCGUUUUUCAAGCAAUUUUACGGAUCUGUGACGAAGUUGGAUUAUGUGACACUAAGACUUGGUUUCAUUAUGACUCAUUGUAAGACAAACCCAAAGUUUAAUUUUCACAAGUACAUGAACCGCGCACUCGAAGAUGAUUUCAAGAAAGUCGUCGGUAUUAGUUGGUACCUUUGGAUCUUUGUGGUCAUAUUUAUGUUGCUUAAUGUCAACGGUUGGCAUGCGUAUUUUUGGAUUGCUUUCAUUCCUGUCAUCCUUCUACUUGCUGUUGGAACAAAGCUAGAACAUGUAAUAAUUCAAUUAGCUCAUGAAGUAGCUGAAAAACAUUCAGCCAUACAAGGUGAACUAGUUGUUCAACCAUCGGAUGAUCACUUCUGGUUUCAUCGUCCUCGCAUCGUCCUCUUCUUAAUUCACUUGAUCCUUUUCCAAAAUUCUUUCGAGAUUGCAUACUUUUUCUGGAUUUGGGUAACAUAUGGCUUUAACUCAUGUAUAAUGGGAGAGCUUCGUUACAGCGUCCCAAGGCUCGUUAUUGGGGUAUUUAUUCAGGUGCUAUGUAGUUAUAGUACUUUACCACUAUAUGCAAUUGUCACACAGAUGGGAACUAAUUUUAAGAAUGCUAUAUUUGAUGAACAAGUACAAGUUCGUCUUGCUGGUUGGGCACAAAAGGCAAAGAAGAAAGGGUUAAGAGGUAAUAAUAGCCAAUCUGGCCAAGGAAGUUCUCAUAAUAAUGGUGGAAGUGUUGGUAUUCAGUUAGGGUCAGCUUUUAGAAGAACACCUGGCCCAGAAAACAACACUAAUGUACAUAGAGGUGGUGAAGAGUCUGUAUGA